AGCCCCCGCAGCCAGGACGGCGGAGAGUCCUGGCCGGGGCGCUACCCCCGCGCGCCAAUGGCCAGCUCAGGGUCCCCCGCUCCCUGCGGGUGCCUCUGCCGCUCCCCAGCUUCCCUAGCGUGGCUGGGGACAACGCUGCUGCUUCUGGCCGACUGGGUGCUGCUCCGGGCGGUGCUGCCCCGAAUAGCGUCCCUGCUGGUGCCCGCUGCGCUGCCGCUGCUCCGGGUCUGGGUGGUGGGCCUGGGCCGCUGGGCUGGGCUGUGGCUGGGGGCCCGUGGGGUUCUCAGGGCAACAGUUGGCACCAAGAGUGAAAGCGGAGGAGUCCAGGGAUGGAUGGCUGCUUUGGAGCCACUGGCGGCGGCGCUGGGCUUAGCUCUGCCGGGACUUGCCUCUUUCCGAGAACUGGGCUCGUGGGGCGUCCCCAGGGACGCUGACAGCACCAGACUACUGCACUGGGGGGGUCGCCUCGACGCCUUUGUCCUUAGCUACGCGGCGGCACUGCCCGCAGCCACCCUGUGGCACAAGCUCCGGAGCCUUUGGGUGCACGGAGGUCACGGAGAUUCUGGAGACCCCGUGCGUCGGCUUCUAGGCUGCCUGGGCUCAGAGAUACGCCGGCUCCCGCUCGUUUUGGGCCUGUUGAUCCUCUCCUGUCUUGGUGAGAUGGCCAUUCCCUUCUUCACUGGCCGCCUCACUGACUGGAUUCUACAAGAUGGAACAGCCACAGCCUUCACCCGGAACAUAACUCUCAUGUCCGUUCUCACCAUAGCCAGUGCGGUGCUGGAGUUCGUGGGUGACGGGGUCUACAACGGCACCAUGGGCCGCGUGCACAGCCGCUUGCAGGCCCACGUGUUUCAGGCUGUCCUGCGCCAGGAGACAGAGUUUUUCCAACAGAACCAAACAGGUGCCAUCACAUCUCGGGUAACAGAGGACACGUCCACCCUGAGUGAGUCUCUGAGUGAGAAGCUGAACCUUUUGCUGUGGUACCUUGUGCGGGGGCUGUGUCUCUUGGGGCUCAUGCUCUGGGGGUCACUGUCUCUCACCUUGGUCACCCUGGUGGCCUUGCCUCUGCUGUUCCUUCUGCCUAAGAAGCUGGGCAAACGGUACAAGGUGCUGGCAGCACAGGUACAGGAAUCUCUGGCAAAGUCCAGCCAGGUGGCCAUUGAGGUUUUGUCAGCCAUGCCCACAGUCCGGAGCUUUGCCAACGAGGAGGGUGAAGCCCAGAAGUUCAGGCAAAAACAGCAGGAAAUGAAAACACUCAACCAGAAAGAGGCCCUGGCCUACGCAGUUGACCUCUGGACCACCAGUAUCUCAGGGAUGCUCCUGAAGGUGGGAAUCCUGUACACUGGCGGGCAGCUGGUGACGAGCGGGGCUGUGAGCAGUGGGAGCCUUGUCUCGUUUGUUCUCUACCAGAUCCAGUUCACCACAGCUGUUCAGGUACUGCUCUCUACCUACCCCAGUGUGCAGAAGGCUGUGGGCUCCUCAGAUAAAAUAUUUGAGUACCUGGACCGCAUCCCUUGCUGCCCAGCCAGUGGUGUGUUGACUCCUUCCAACUUGGAGGGCCUUGUUGAAUUCCAAGAUGUCUCCUUCGCCUACCCCAACCGUCCAGAUGUCCUAGUGCUGCAGGGGCUGACGUUCACCCUGCGACCUGGUGAGGUGACAGCGCUGGUGGGGCCCAAUGGGUCUGGGAAGAGCACAGUGGCUGCCCUGCUGCAGAAUCUGUACCAGCCCGCCGGGGGGAAGCUGCUGCUGGACGGGAAGCCCCUUCCCCAGUAUGAGCACCGCUACCUGCACCGACAGGUGGCUGCAGUGGGACAAGAGCCACAGCUAUUUGGAAGAAGUUUCCGAGAAAAUAUUGCCUAUGGCCUGAUCCAGGAGCCAAGUACGGAGGAAAUCACAGCUGCUGCAAUGGAGUCUGGGGCCCAUAGUUUCAUCUCUGAGCUCCCUCAGGGCUACAACACAGAGGCAGGCGAGGCUGGGAGCCAGUUAUCAGGAGGUCAGCGACAGGCAGUGGCCUUGGCACGAGCAUUGAUCCGGAAACCACGUGUACUCAUCCUGGACGAUGCUACCAGUGCCCUGGAUGCAAACAGCCAGUUACGGGUGGAACAGCUCCUGUAUGAGAGCCCUGAGCGGGGCUGUCGGUCUGUGCUUCUCAUCACCCAGCACCUCAGCUUGGUGGAGCGGGCUGACCACAUCCUCUUUAUGGAGGGAGGCACCAUCUGUGAGGAGGGAAACCACCAGCAGCUCAUGAGACAGAGGGGGCGCUACUGGACCAUGGUGCAGGUUCCUGGCGGCGUGGCUGCUCCGGAAUGAGACCUCUCAUCGAAUCCCCCCUUUUUCCCUUUCUAUAGUGGAGAAUUUGGGAACAAAGAGCUUACCAGAGCUGCAGACUAGUCAGGAGUGUCAUCCUAAAGUGUAACCCCCUAGGUGAUACUUGAAAUCCUGCCAAUGCGUGUUACCCCCUCUCCAAGCUCCUCUCGAAAAAUGCAGAUUUCCUGGAAAACCUGGUUUAUACCUUUGGUGUAACUGGGCUUACAGCCAGGGUUGGUGUGGAUCGCAUUCUGAAAAUGAGAAAUAUUUAGAAUAUACAGAAAGGCAAGAUCGGCUGUAUUUAUGCUGACCCACAAACACCUUGUGGAUUCUGGUUAUUUAUAAUAAAAUGGGUGUUUUGUACUACGGUUGCUCGCGUUUUCAG